AUGCCUGUGCCUGAAUCCACUAUAUCAAAUACGCACUUUGCAACUCCUAUUGUUUACGACAAUCCAAACGGAUGGGGCCCAUCCACUCUUCCUGCGGGAUUAUCUGAAAUCCCAUAUGCCCCAUACUCGAAAUCGGACAGACUCGGCCGUGUAGCUGACUGGACAAUCCCUGCUGAUGACUACUACUAUGACCGGAAUCAAAACACUGGCACAGGCGGUGAUCGCAGACAGCAACGACGUGGUGAUGAUACUCGUGGUGAUAAUGCUCCUACCGUAACUGCUGAUGGAACCACAAUCCCUCCUGCCAGACAAUAUAGAAGAGGUGGUCCUGCUGGUUACCGUGGCGGAAACAUGAACGAACCUUUCGGUGUCGGGACGGCCUCUGCCUUCGAUUAUAAAGUAGCUGCUGAAGAUGAGGCUACCUUCUCGCUCGUAUCUACAACAUCGUCAAAACCAAAACUUGGAGGAUUUAGGCCUUCACGAGGACGAGGUGGUGCUUUUGGUAUCGGUGCUGGUAGAGGUGGAUACUCGGAUGUUUCUCGUGGUAGAACAGGUUUCAACGAGAACCAGCAACGUGUUGGUCGAUAUGCUAAUGCUAGAGGCGGAAACACGCAAGGUGGUUGGAGAGGUAGACGUUUUGGUUAUCAAGACAAACCGCAACGUGUACGUGAUGCUUCGGUCAAGAUUGCUGCUGACUGGAAGGUUCUUCAAGAGAUGGACUUUAAUGCCCUAAGCAAACUCUUUUACGAAGUGGAAGCUCCUGAAGACCUUGAAGUCUUUGGUGAAGCCAACUAUUAUGAUAAAGUAUUCGACCGUGUGUCGGCCAAAAACUCACAACCACUGAAAUCAUUCGAUCGAUUCGCUCCCAACCUUACAACCAGUUUCGAUCCUGUCUUGCAAAAGCUGAGCAAAGAAGUAGAUGGUCCUACUGUAUUUGCUACUGACAACGUCUUGUCGACUCUUAUGUGUGCUACUCGAUCGGUAUAUUCGUGGGAUAUUGUCAUUCAAAAGGAAGGAGACAAGCUCUUCCUCGACAAGAGAGAUGGUACACAAUUUGAUUUCGUAUCCGUCAAUGAGAAUGCUGCUGAAGCUCCUCUGGAGAGUGCUGAGAAAGAGAAUCCUAAUACACCACAGCAGUUGGCAUUAGAAGGAACUUAUGUUAACAAGAACUUUUCUCAACAAGUUCUCAAACAGGCUGAAAAAUACACCCUCGACAAUGAGAAUCCAUUUGUAGAUCCUUCCGUUGCAGAUCAAGAUCCUCCUGCCUCCGCUAUAUACAGAUACCGUAAAUGGCAGCUAGGAGAAGAUCUAGCUCUAGUGGCACGUACUCAAAUCGACGCCGUCAUUCACACACCUGGCUCGUCAUCCACGUCCAUCUCCGAAGAAUUGAUACCCGAUUCAUCAGCACACCCAGUAAACGAUACUCUCCUCCUAAACAUCAAAGCCUUGAACGAAUUCGAUUCCAAGGCACCAGGAGCAGGUGGAGCACCCGACUGGCGUCAGAAAUUAGAUUCACAACGAGGAGCAGUGAUGGCCACCGAAAUCAAAAACAAUGGAAAUAAACUAGCACGAUGGACUAUGGAAUGUAUUUUAGCUGGAGUUGAUCAAAUUCGUAUUGGAUUUGUAUCUCGAGUCUCGCCCAAAGACCGAUCUCGACAUGUUGUAUUGGGUACUGCAUACUUUAAACCCAAAGAGUUGGCCAAUCAGAUGAAUCUGAAUGUGCCAAACUCUUUUGGAAUAUUGAAGGUUAUUUCCGAUCUUUGUAUGAAACUUGAGGAUGGCAAGUAUGUGCUUGUUAAGGAUCCAAACAAGCCCUUGUUACGACUGUACUCUGUCCCGCUAGACACAUUCGAGGAAGAUGAUGGUGGUGACGAUGAAGAUAUGCCCAUCCGUGAUGAUGGUGACAUGGAUGAAUAA